AUGCGUUUCCCGUUCCUCAUCGCCUGUAUAUUGGCAUUCGCAUGCAUAUCCGUGGCAGCGACCGAUGCCUGUACCUCAUGGGAGAACUUCCCUGCUGAAAUUUCGAAGCCCAAGACCUCGAAAUUCGCCCUCUUGCUCAAGCCAUUCCAGGGUGUUAUCGAUUUCAUGUUCCAUCGAUUCCCUCGUUCCGCCAACAAAAAGAACGCCAAAGACCUGCCUUGGACCAUCGCCACUUAUCCAGCUUACGCAAACCAGACUGAGGAUGGUUGGAAUGUACACAUUCAUGGCAAUCUGCACAACCGACAACCAUUCAGCAAGAAAGAGCUGAACGAACUAGCCCUCGAAUCCAUGGUUCGCGUCCGCCUCGUGGAGAGCAAGUGGAAGUUCUGGCAACGCAACUACCACACAUUGACCAAGACUGAGCUGGAACAUGCAAGGCCUCUGAUGCAUGAGAUCGCCUCAGUUCCUAUCAAAGACGGUGUCAUCGGGGUCUUCUUCCCGGCCUGCGAGCAAAGUUUUGUUCUCCCGACUAGAACCAAUGUCGAAGGCUCUUUCUACGGCGCCAUCACUGUGCCUGAUGAAUGUGUCCCCUCGACUGCGUCCAAUGAGACUACCACCACCAUCCCGACCACCAGAAUGAUUCUGGCACCUUGCAACGUCCGCACCCCAAGAGACGAUGACGUGAACAACGCCGCAGACGUAUUCUUCGUUCCUCCAAAAGGAGUGACCAUCAUUGCCGACAUUGAUGACACGCUGCGCGUCAUGGAUGUCUGGAACGUGAAGCAAACACUACUGAACGCCUUUGCACGACCACUCACGCCAUGGAGAGAUAUGCCUGAGGUGCUGAAUGACCUGAAGGGUCGGAUCGAGGCAGAAGGUCAAAAUGUUCAUUUCCAUUACCUGACAGACGCCCCCGAAAUGGUCGCAAGCACCUACACCCCAGCCCUGACAGAACUCUAUCCACCUGGAUCUUUCGACUUCCGUCCUGUCAACUUCACCAGUACCGGGGAGAUGAUCAACGCCCGGUUUUGGAACGUGAAGCGACUCAUGGAGAGCUAUCCUGAGCGAAGGUUCAUCGCGAUUGGUGACACCACGAACGCGAUGGGAGAAUUUCCGAAAGACAUGGCAAAGUUCUCUCCUCAAAUUCAAUGUCUUCUUGUUCGAGAUGUCUCGGCUACAGAAAAGUCCAAUUGGGUCAUCGCGGAUACAAGCAUGUACAUCGGGCUCCUUGCAAAUGAAUAUCUCUUCUUCCGUGUCCCAGGCGAUCUCUAUCGACUGUCAGCGAAGCACAUCGCAUCACUAGUGCCAGGCCAUAAUCCUGGCUCCGAGACACACGGCUGCUUUGAUGGAAAACACAAGCUACGCCAAAGCAUGAGCCCAAGUACUUCCACUCACGCCAAAGCGAAGAGCCUCCUCAAAGCAUUUUGGUGGAACAUCAAGUGCAGCUUCUUAUGGUUCACCCACCGGCCAAACCCAAAGUGCCCCUGGGAUCGCCUCGCUGGCGAGAAGUACUACAAUGGCGACCUGGAGCCAGAAGUGAAAUUGGAACCUUACAUCGAUCACCUGCCUGUGGGAGAGGCCAAGCUUGAUAACCCCCAAGAUAUCGACGCUCAGGGUGAUGACGAUCUGGAAGCCGAAGACGACGACGAAGGUGAUGACCAGGGCGAGGAUGGUCAAGACGAGGAUGAUCAAGACGAGGAUGAUCAAGACGAGGAUGAUCAAGACGAGGAUGAUCAAGAAGAGGAUGAUCAAGACGAGGGUGGCCUGGACCACCAUGGUCAGAACAGGACCGUUCAGGAUGUUCAUGACCAGGACGUUGACGAACAGGAUGCUGCCGAACAAGAUGUUGGUCACCAGAAUACUGUGAUGCAAGAUCCUGAGCACCGUGUGCACGUACUUGCUGGAGAAGACGUUCCUCACCAUGGGCAUAUAAUUCAUGCAGAUGAUCAAGACGAUGACCACGACCGUGGCCAUGACGAGGAAUAG